AUGAAGAUUUCUGUUGCGAGCUGGUCGCUCCUGGUCUUCUGUCUCACUCAGUGGGCGCACGCCGCUACUGUCAAAGUCACUGCCGUCUUGACUUGGGCGAAUCGGACUGUUGCAGGGGCCACCAGACCGGUCAUUCUUACCAAUGGACAAUACCCAGGGCCUUCGUUGUUUUUGAACCAAGGAGAUAAUGUUCAAUUCAAAGUGGACAACCGAUGGCUUUCAGGAAUCGAACAAGUCGGAACACCUUGGUCUGAUGGAGUCCCUGGCGUGUCACAAGUGCCAAUUCAACAAGGUCGCUCGUUCCUCUACCGAUGGACAGCUGAUCAGUACGGCUCAUACUUCUACCACGCUCACCACCGCGGACAGCUAGAAGACGGCCUUUAUGGUCCUAUCUAUAUUACUCCAUCCAGCUCCGAGGCGAAGCCGUUCAAUUUAAUUACAAGCAAUGCGACUCAGCUUCAGGCGAUUCGCGCUGCAGAGAGAGUUACAUCACCUGUUUUGCUUUCGGAUUGGCGAGUCUUGACCUCGGAGCAAAUUUGGGCCGCAGAGGAAGCAUCAGGCGUGGACUCCUACUGUGCCAAUGCACUUUUGAUCAACGGAAAGGGAUCAGUGACUUGCUUCUCGCGGGAGGAGAUUGACAGCUUGACAACGCCUAAUCAAAAGGCUGUCCUGGGCAAUGAAACUCUCACUGAUAUUGCUUGCUUUCCUGCAAAUCUCACUGCGGCUCAAGGUAACUUUAACCAUAACUAUAGCGCACUAUUGCCAACCAUGUUCUCUGGUUGCACUCCUUCUCGCGGCCCUCAGGCAAUUUUCACAGUCAAUCCAUCCGCACAAUACGUGAGCUGGGAUUUCAUCAGUGCUGCAGGUCUUCUACAUCUGACCAUCUCAGUCGACGAGCACGACAUGUGGGUAUACGCCAUCGACGGCCGCUACGUUCAACCCGUGCGAGUCAACGCCAUCAAUAUCCCCAAUUCAAAUAGAUACUCGGUUCUUGUUCCCCUCAACAAACCCGCCGGAGACUACACAAUCCGCAUGGUCAGCGGAAGUCCACAACAAAUCCUCAACACAACCGCGAUACUCCGCUACAACGCCCCGCCCCAGCUCGGCCGUCCAUCUAACCCAUGGAUCACACUAACCGGCGGCAACGCGACUACCAGCACAAUCUUCCUCAACGACACAUCCGUCAUUCCCUAUCCCGUCGUAACGCCCGCCGCAACCGCCGAUGCGACCUACUUCCUGACAAUCGGCCACUAUGACGCCUCAUAUCGCUGGACCUUAGGAAACAGUAGUUUUGGUCUAGAACUCGAGGAGUUCCAACCUCUUCUCUUCAACCAGAACUCCAUACCCGGCGACCUCGUCAUCCGAACAAAGAAUAACACCUGGGUCGAUCUUGUUUUACAGAUUAACUCACCGAUUCAACCGGCCCAUCCUAUUCACAAACACUCUAACAAACAUUUCCUCAUCGGACAAGGAAAUGGAACAUUCACUUGGUCCUCUGUCGCAGAGGCUAUGCAAGCCAUACCGGGUUCUUUUAAUCUAGUAAAUCCGCCGUACAAAGACACCACCCCGACACCUGCGGCAGUGACUGGGCCAACUUGGUCGGUAAUUCGGUAUCAUGUUGUCAACCCUGGAGCGUUCUUGAUGCAUUGUCACAUCCAGGUCCAUCAGAGUGGAGGUAUGGCGCUGGCACUUUUGGAUGGAGUAGAUGUCUGGCCUACUAUUCCGGCUAAUUAUCAGGGCAAUGCAUCUGGGUUCUGA